GUGCUAUAAAGAUGGCGUCGGACAGCGACAGUGAUGAGGACUUUGUAACUUAUGGUAUUCCUUUGGAGCCGUUAGAAGAAGACGAACCUCGUCGGAAGCCUAUCCCGGUGCACGAGCAGACAGUCAAGGAUGAAAAGGGCCGCUACCAGCGGUUCCACGGAGCCUUCACCGGAGGAUUCUCCGCCGGAUACUUCAACACCGUGGGGACCAAAGAAGGCUGGACCCCGUCGACGUUCGUGUCGUCGCGACAGCAGAAGGUGGAGAGGCAGAGCGCCAGGCCUGAGGACUUCAUGGAUGAGGAGGACUUGGGUGAGCAUGGUAUCGCCCCUCGUGAGAUCACCACUACAGCGGACUUUCAUUCUGGCCGCAGCGACCCGCUCCGAGAGAAAGCUCGGGCCCUCAGCGCCAUGACUGGACCUAUCCCUGGAGACACACUGCUCGAUGACCUGAUCGCCCCUGCAAGGACCUCUAUUGGAGUUCAGCUGCUGAGGAAGAUGGGCUGGCGUGAUGGACAAGGGGUGGGGCCACGAUUCAGGAAGAGGAAGUUGGGCAAAGGCAAAGCAGAUGCAGGGCAGAGGGUGUAUGGCUGUGCACUUCCACAAGAGGGUUCUGAGGGCUCAGAGGAUGAUGAUGGUGAUGAUGAGUUUGCUCCGGAAGACGUGACCUUUGCUCCUAAGGACGUGACCCCUGUGGACUUCUCGGUGAAGGAGGACGUCCACGGGCUGGGCUACCGCGGGCUGAACCCUGGCCUGGCGCUCUCAGGGGGGGACACCAGGGGGCGCCACUUCAACCUCUUCACCUUCGACUCAGACAGGGCCAGCAGCCUCUUCGGAGAGAAGACACACACACGCCGCGGAGGGGUCACAGGGCAGGCGUUUGGCGUGGGAGCUGAUGAGGAUGAAGAUGAAGAUGUGUACCACAGAGACGCCAUGUCCAACUACGACUCCGUCCUGGGAGGGGAGGAGCCAGGGGACGGCCUCUUUGGGUGGACCGCCCCCCAGCAGUACAAUAACAAGAAGAAUAACUCUAAGAAGGAUGCUGCUUACCUGGGGAAGAUCCUGGAGGGCUUCACUCUGGCCUCCAAUACUGAGGAGCCCAAGACGGUGUUUCCCCCUCCGGUUUUGCCCCGUGACUACCGUCCGGUGCACUACUUCCGGCCAGUGCUGGACAUGAGCAGCGUCAGCCCUGUGGUUGCCGCGGCGCUGAGAGAGUCCAAAGGUCACAUGACCCAACCCACUCAGGAAGCCGGCAGACACCAGCUGGACUCCGCCCAGAGGAGAGACCUCCUGGGAGAGACCUCACUAAAAGGUCCCAACUCUGUGUGGUACUUUCGUCCUGAGGACCAGGAGAAGCUUUCUCGUGUGCGUCAGUCAGCGGCUGGUGAGAAGCAGAACGUUCCGGACCUAGCCUCUGAGUCGGGCCGGGCUGCAGUGGUGGCCGCCGCCAAAGCCUCAGCCCUGCAGGCCCUGUCCAGCCGCUUCCAGAGUCAGCCACAGGGGGCGCCAGAGAGCCAGGCCCUGUCCAGCCGCUUCCAGAGCCAGCCACAGGGGGCAGCAGAGAGCCAUGCUCUAGCUGUGUGGAGUGCUCCUACCGCUGACACCAAGAGCACGUUCAAGCCGUUCGACAAGAACCCUUCCAAGCAGGCGCGCUAUGACCAAUACCUCAGCCUGCUCAAGCAAGGACACAAGGGUGAGGUGUCUGUGUCUCUGGACGGAGUCUGACGAUGGAGUAUGACUGAGUGGGAGCGAGGGCGUGAGAGGGAGGAGUUUGUGCGGGCAGCGCUGCUCUAUAAGCCCAGUAGCUCCGCCCUGUCCAGCCGCUUCACACGCAGCCGACAGGACGACAGCGAUGACACCGUGGAAGUCCCCAGAGACACGGAGAAUAAUGUGGAUGAUAAGCAGGCAGCAGUCAAGAUGAAGAUGUUCGGUAAACUGACCAGAGACACGUUUGAGUGGCAUCCUGACAAACUCCUGUGCAAGAGAUUCAACGUGCCUGAUCCUUACCCUGGAUCAGGUUUAGUCGGCAUGCCCAAAGUGAAGAGAGAUCGUUUCUCUGUCUUCAACUUCCUCACCGUAGACGAGAGUCCUACAGCAAGCAGCCAGUCAACUACACACCCGACAGCCUCCUCGUCCUCCUCCAAAGCGCCCGGUGGGGGGAAGCGUUCUCGUUGGGACAUGUCGCCACCCCCUGCUGACCAGAGUGACCCGCUCAGUGCACUCAUCAGCGAGGCACGCAACGAGGCCUCACAAUCACACACUGACACGCCUGCCAAGCCCAAAGAGACCGAGAGGAAGGACGGCACAGAAGAGGGGGAUGAAGAGAAGGGAGAGAAAGAGGAGGAGGAGGAGGAGAGCAGGCCGCCCAUAGACCUGUUCAAAGCCAUCUUUAGCUCGUCCGACGACAAGUCCUCUUCUUCAGGCGAGAGUGAUGAAGACCAGGAGGAGGAGGAGGAGCCAAAGAGGCCAGGGGCAGAUGGGAAGGCGGAGGCUCUGACACCAGGCCCAAUCAGCUUCAGCCGUACCCCACUAGCCACACCCACUGCUCCACAGACAGCGUCCACAGCCCAACCCCCAAGUCUGCCCGCACGCCUGCAAGGCUCUGACACCGCCACAGGGCGUGGAGUGGCUGAGGAGAGAGGUGCUGCUCCACCCUCUACUGCAGCCUGUAAAGAUGGAGGACAGGAGGAGGAGGAGUUUGGACCGAGACUGCCCCCUCCCAUUGCAACAGGAUCUCUGGUGCUGAGGGAGGAGGAGGAGGAGCGGUCGAGGAAGAAGAGCAAGGAGAAACGCAAAGCCAAGAAGGAGCACAAGCACAAGAAGCACAAGAAGAAGCAGAAGAAACAGAAGCACAAAGGGAAGCAGAAGAAAAAGAGAGAGAAGAAGGACGAGUCCGCCGACAGCUCGUCUGACAGCGAGGACGAGGAGGACGAUGAAGAGGUGACCACACAUGAGCUGCUAAAGAGGUUGAAGAGCAUCAGAGGGAGGCUGUAAUGUUAGUGUGCUGGUCUGUGGCCUCUGUGAGGCCUGUGACAGAGACCCAGCGGAGAGGAGAGGAGGAGAAGCAGAGAGGAGGAGCGGAGAAAAGAGGAGAGGAGAGGAGAGCC